AUGAGUAAACGAUCGGCAAGCCCUAAUUUAACGCCUUCCAAAAGGACAAAGAAGCAUCUUGUUUCCACGAUUCACAAGCACUACAAGUCGAUCAACAGCCAAGAUGACUAUAAACACAUGUAUAUUGCGGUCGAGCCGUUGGAUAUUUUCUGCUGGGGAACAGGAUCUAUGUGUGAAUUGGGGUUAGGUCCAUCUUCAAAAAACAAAGAGGUGAAGAGACCUCGUUUGAAUCCGUAUUUGGUGAAAGAUCAGGCGAAAAUAGUGUCGUUUGCUGUGGGUGGUAUGCAUGUUUUGGCUCUCGGUCAGGACAACAGUGUAUGGUCAUGGGGAACGAAUGAUUCUGGUGCUUUGGGUCGCGAUACAUCCGGUGCCAAAGUCCAAUUGAAGGAUAUGGACGCUCAAGACAGUAGUGACGACGAAGAUGGAGAUCUAAACGAUGAGGAAAGUACGCCUACCAAGCUCGAUGAAAGUUCAUUGCCCUUGGCAGAAUCCAAGGUUUCGCAGCUGGCAGCCACUGAUAACCUCAGUGCAGUGUUGCUCGACAGCGGAGAAAUCUAUGCCUGGGGUACUUUCAGGUGCAACGAAGGUACUUUGGGUUUUUACAAAGAAACUAUCAAAAUGCAAAAACUUCCUUGGAAAGUGCCUAAGUUUUCUUCCUCAAAAGUUGUUCAAAUGGCAGCGGGAAAAGACCAUAUUUUAUUUCUUGAUGAAGGUGGAAUUGUCUAUGCAUGGGGUAAUGGGCAGCAGUACCAGCUUGGAAGAAAGAUUUUGGAACGUUCUCGUUUGAGAACCUUGGAUCCCCGUGCUUUUGGCCUCGACAACAUCAAACACAUUGCGUCGGGUGAGAACCACUCAUUUGCACUCAGCAAUGAUGGCAAGCUUUUCAGCUGGGGUCUUAAUCAAUUUGGCCAAUGUGGUGUCACUGAAGAGGUGGAAGACGGUGCUUUGGUCACCAUCCCUACCGAAGUUCUUUUGCCAGAAGGCACUAAAGUGAAAAUGGUCGCGGCCGGAGAACAUCACUCUCUCGUCCUAUCAGAAGAAGGAGAGCUUUUCACUUUUGGUAGACUCGAUAUGUUUGAGAUUGGCAUUGCCAAAGACAAAUUGCCAGAACAGACUUAUAUCGAUGCACACAACAAACCCCGUGCCGUCCCCGUACCAACUAAGCUCGUAGAUGUUCCACGUUUCAAAAACAUCGCCGCCGGCUCUCACCACUCGCUAGCUAUCUCUGAAGAUGGUGUCGUUUUUUCAUGGGGAUUCGGAGAGACCUAUGCCGUGGGAUUAGGUCCUUCUGGAGAAGACAUCGAAGUUCCUACCAGAAUCAAAAACACAGCAACUCAAGACCAUAACAUUAUGUUUGUUGGUGGGGGUGGACAGUUUUCAGUCUCCGGUGGGGUAAAAUUAACUGACGAAGCUGCCGAGAAGCGCGCGGAUAAAUAUGACGAUUGA